AUUUGGGAAGGCUUUUCUGCUGUAGGCCUUGAAACUUGAGGGAAGCUAACGGUGUUCCUGCACAUAAUAGCCAUUUGAAAAUGAGUUUGCAAGGGAAUUGAAUUAAAGAAAGGAAAAUGGGAUCAGGUGGAUGCAGAAUUAGAGUCUGUGCCCUCACCCUGGGUCAGGCCCUUGUCACCUCACACCUGGACUUCGGGCUUAAGUCUUUGCACUCUAGUCCAUUCUCCACUUAAGUGUCAAAGCAAAUUCCCAGGUCUGACCUUGUCACCUCCUAUUACAUAAAUUCCAAUGGCAGAUCCCUAUCACAUCUCCCAGAUCCAAUAUAAAUUCCUCUCUUUGGCUUGUAAAAUCCUCCACGACAUGUUCCUCUUUGAUUUUCCCAAUCUUCUCAGACCUUACUCCCUUCUACAAACCUUCUGAUCCAGCGACUGUAAUCUCCUUGCUGUCCCUCACAUAAGAUUCCCAUCUCUGGACAUCUCCAGAAACUUUGACUGACCUGCAAAUCUGGAAUUCUCUGCCUCCUGGCCUCCCUGGCUUCCUUCAGCUUCCAGGUAAAAGCUCACCUUCUACAGGAAGACUUUCCCAAUCAUCCUUAAGGCUAGUGCCUUCCCUCUGGUCCUUAGUGCCAAUUUAUCCUGUGUGUGUGUGUGUGUGUGUGUGUCUUAUUUGUCCAUAGUUGUUUUCUUGUAGUCUCUCUUACUUAGGCUGUGAGCUCCUGGAGGACAGGGACCCUUUUUGCCUUUUUAUGGUUCUUUCUAGUGCUUAGCCUAGCACCUGGCACAUAGUAGGGGCUUCAUAAAUACUUGUUGAAAUGACUAGAAGAAGGCUACAGUAGCCUGAAGGCCACAGUGUGCAUGUGUAUGUGCAUAUGCAUAAAAAAUGUUUAUAUUCACUGUGUAUACUAUGUGUGUGUUUACAUAAUUCAAGAGAAGAUAAUCUUUCUGGAGAAAAGGCCAGUAACAUUCCCACAAUUCCUCAUUGGUGAUAUUUCUCAAGAGCCUGCUUAAAAUUACUCAGAAAAAUGAUUCAAAGUUCUCUAUGGAAGAAAUGAUUCUACCUCUCUCCCGCACAUUUCCCCUCACGUAAUGCAGUAUUUGGGAGUUAUCUGGGCUUUUGUCACCCUCUGAGUUGACUUUAGACUCCAGAAGGUCAGGAACUCAGUCUUAAUCCACAUUUUUUUCUCUGAGGAAGAGAAAGACUAAAUGUCAAUAGAAGUGGGUGCAUGUAGAGACUCAGCCUAAGUCCCCAAAUGGAAAGGAAUGGGGGGGGGGGUGGAGAUUUAGAGAGGAAGUAGUAUAUAAAAAUGCAACAGAGUUUCUCUUUCUGGCUGUAAAAUUAGGAGUCCUGUAAUGUUGGACAAGUCCCUAGGCCUUGUAUCUUUACAUUUAUACUUGAAAUGUCAACUGCUGCAUGACUCACAGAGAUAGGGAAGGGAUUAAGAACAAAAAUAGCUGCCAUCUGUGAAGGAGGGGGCACAAAGAAGGAGGAGGACACUAUUACAGGAUAGAAUGGAAAUAGAAAAAAAGAUGAAAGGGGUAACUGGAGGCUAGUUUGGAAUCCCCACAAGGAGAAUAAGAAGAGGGAAAAGGAAAACUAAUAAUUGUUAUUGUCUAGUGUAAAUCUUGAAAUCUCUCAGACUUGUGAAUGUUAAAAAUUUCUCCAUUGGGGAAUCCUCCAUUGGAACAAUUCCCUACUGGGAAACAUUCCCCAUUUUGAAGUGAGAACUCGCCAGGAUCAGAAAUGGGAGGACCUCUACUCCACCUGUACUUAAGACUGCUUUAGGGGAGAAACUCCUUGUUAAACAAUGAAAGUACUUAAAACGUACCUAUUAAGGUCGGCAACUUGUGAACUCCUGCAAAGGUGAAAACUUACUCAGAGGUUUUCUCUGGAGAGGAUUAGUGGACUCAGGUGUGAAUUCAGAAUGGGCGGUCCUUUAGAAAACGUCUACAGUGAUUGGUAGAUGGAAGAACUUAGGGGAGGUGACAUAGGAGAAACCCCCUAUAUAAGAAAGAGAUUCUCUUGAGAAGAGGGCUCUUAUGAGAAUCCUUUUGGAGAAAUCUCUUAUGAGGAUCCCUUGAGGACAAUCUCUUGAAACUUUUGGAGGCAGCGGGGUCUGUGCUUCCCAGCUUGGGGACGCCCCGGCGCAGGUUUCAGGAAAUCCCCAGCUCGGGUUGGUGGCCUCGGCAGCGGCAGCGGCAGCGGCAGCGGCAGCGGCAGCGGCAGCGGCAGCGGCAGCGGCAGCGGCAGCGGCAGCAGCUAGUAGGCAGGAGCCGGCAUGUCCCAGGCCACCAAGCGGAAGCACGUGGUGCAGGAGGUGCUGGGGGAGCACAUGGUGCCCUCGGACCAGCAGCAGAUUGUGAGGGUGCUGGGGACCCCUGGCAACAACCUUCACAAAGUGGAGACUGCUCAGGGCCAGCGCUUCCUGGUCAGCAUGCCCUCCAAGUACCGCAAGAACAUCUGGAUCAAAAGAGGUGACUUUCUCAUCGUGGAUCCCAUCGAGGAAGGGGAAAAGGUGAAGGCUGAGAUCUCUUUUGUGCUCUGCAAAGAUCACAUCCGUUCUCUGCAUAAGGAAGGACUCUGGCCUGAAGCCUUCUCUGAGGUAGCCAAGAAGCAAGGCAACAGCAGGAACAGACCGACUCAGCCAGAACUCCCAGGAGAAACCCAGUCUUCAGAAGAGGACAGCUCAGAAGACGAUUCAGACCUCUUUGUCAACACCAAUCGGGUACAGUACCAGGAGAGCGAAGAGGAGAGUGAAGAAGAGGCCUGAGGCACCAGCUUCACUUCUGGCUACCCUGACCUGGCCCCCAUGGACAUAAUUAGGGCAGCUCUGUGGAUCUGCCCCCUGGAGGGGGAUGAGGCAGGGCCCCCAUCUGAACUCCUACUCUUCUCUGUAAGAGAUUAAACCCCUGGUGGGUUGAGAGAGCUGUGCUUUGACUUGUACCAGUGUGCCUAGUAAAUCGAUUUCAACUUUGAUGUCUUGCUCCAGUGAAAAGGACCUACAGGGUUGGGGCUGACCCCAGGGGCCUCCAAUGGGGCAUUUCAGAUGGCCUCAGCAGAGGGCAGUACCCACCCCACCCCCCAACCUUAAAAUGGAAUCAUAACUUAAACAAAGGAGGAAAAAAUAAGGAGGGCAUUUUAUUUUAUAUUAAAGGAUUGGGGUAAUGGGGGAAAGAAAAUGGAAUUCUCUAAGGAGGUCUCUCAAGUGAGGCUGACUCUGGCUGGAACUUCCUCUGGGGAGACUCUGUCCCUCUGAAUCCCUUACUUGGACAAAUAUUAUGGUGAGUGAUAAAAGACUGACUGAUUCUCUCUUUUAAGACUCAUGUCUAGGCCAUGUUGGCUUAAGGCCCUUCAUACUUAUACUUUUUUUUCUCUCUCUCUCUUUCUUUGAUUACUCAUUGUAUUAAUUAAAUUCUCUAUAAAACCCAGUUGACUUGGGCAUAUUCAUGAUUGGGAAUAUAUUCUCUGGUGACCACCUUAUAUUUGAUUAAAAAACCAAGACACUGUA